UAUAAGGGACUUUUGGGAUAGCAUUUGAAAUGUAAAUGAAGAAAAUAUCUAAUAAAAAAAUUUUAAAUGAAGUUGUAGCCUUUAUCUAAAGUCACACAAAUAAUGAAAAUUAUAGAUCAAAUGGGUUUUUCCCCUGACAAACAUUAAUACAGUCAUCUUGAAUUGGCUUUUAAUAACUUUUGAUGUAGUAAAAUAAGAAAGGAACUCUAAUGUGUUGCUAUUAUAUGAUUCAUAGUAACAGUGAUAUGAUUAUGCAGUAUGGCUACAUCACAGAUGCUUCAGCAUGUUUUUUAAAUAAUUACUUCCUGCUUUGAUUACCUUAUUGUGAAAUAGAGACCUGAUGAGGAAACCUGGGGUAUUUGAAGCACACUACACUGGAACUUACUGGACAGUAUACUACAUGCCAGUUAGCUUGCUGUGUGCUGUAGCUGUGAUUUUGUGCUGGCUAUGACAGAGAUUCAAAUUAAGUAGAGAUGGUGAGGGAACAUAAAUAACAAACCAGCAAACAAACAAACAAACAGUGACGAAACCCUUUCCAAACACUGAAUGCUAUGAUUGCAUUGAACAGUACUAAUUAGUUUGAAAACAAGGACAUAAGCCCUUAUGGGUAGCUUUAAGAUACUGCUUCUGUAUCUAAAGAAUGAGGAAAAACUAUAUUAACGAGCAUAUAGGAAAAACAAGAAUUAUUAGCCAUAAUCUUUACCCUCAGAAAUUUUAGCCUAUGAAUUUUCUCCCUCUAAUCUUAUAAACCAUUAACACGACCAAAAGUUUAAAUCUUGGAGGUUUGUUUUUCUUACUGCCAAGUAGGUAAAAGUAGGCUAUUGAUUUCUUUGGGUGUAUUUACAAAUCUCUUGUGCGAUCUUGAUUCUAUCUUCUUUAUUUCACUUUCAGUGCUAGGGAUUGAAACACAGCCCUGCCAAUUCUAAGCAAGCAUACCACCACCGAGCUGCAUCGCUUGCUUAUCUUUAAGCAGGCAGAAACGUACUGGUACACUCAGAGUUUUUCGCCAUGGAUCUUUAUCAUGAGAUUUCCCUCGGCAACAUUUUCUUUCAGUGUUACUUAGUGCUAGGGAGAAGAUUAUUAUUAUCUAGGCUAUUAUUUCCCCAAAACAUAAACAUAGGGGACAUAAAAUUGAUUGCUACCCAUCAACAUUGCUUUUUGAUAUCAAGGAUAAACUUGAUUUCCCUUUGCUUUUCAGACAAGGCAUGGACUUGCUCUCUAAAACCCCCCUUGAGGACUCGUUCAUAUUUUCAGCAUAGCCCAUGCCUGUGGUCUGUAUUCAAUCUUUUACAUUCUAUCAUCCAGCCAAUUGUACUCACCAUAUUUAGCAAGGUCUUUUUCAGACUCUGUAUUCUUUCCAUUUUCUGUCAGCUCCCUUCCUGACUGUAGAGAUUAGGCAGGUGUGAUGAGAAAGGAUGGGAUAGCUAGACAGUGGGUGUCUUAGAGCAAGAAAAAAGAGAAAGAAAGGGAGAAAGAGAGAGAGAGAGAGAGAGAGAGAGAGAGAGAGAGAGAGACAGAGAGAGACAGAGAGACAGAAAGAAAGAAAGAAAG